AUAUGAAGUGAAAUCGAGAAGGCAGUAAAGAGUUGGUAGGGUAGGAGGAAUGGAUGGUUGACACAUAUUUUCCAUGAAUUUGACGUUUCGCGUUAUGAGCAAAGUAGUCUCGUUCAGCGGCCGAUUCCGUUCCGUCAAGUUCAAAGGAGGCGAGUCGGACCGGGCCCGUAUGAUGUGAGAGGACGAGGCUGUCACUUAGCCCCUGUCUAGCUGUCCUUCGCGAAACUUAUGCCUGAAAAAUGGCCUCUGGAGACGGCGUAGACGAAAUACAAGUGAUCGACACAUUCAACAAAAUGAAAACGGAAGGGACCGCUUCCAACUACAAAGACGACGACAGCAUUCGAGGAGAUGAAGACGGAGGUGAUGAUUUUGGAAAGAAAGAUGGUUCACUGUCUCGUCAAAAUGGUGCGAUGGCAAGGCAUAAAUCUGAGAGAGAGAAGAAACUUGGCCAUCGAAGAGUUGGAACAGGGGGAGAGGUCACUUAUAAAAAGAUCCAAACAACUCAAAUCAUGGGAUCGAUUCAACUCGGAAUUCAGCAUGCUGUCGGUGGAUUGGCGUCAAAGCCGGAACGUGACUUGCUAAUGCAGGACUUCAUGACAGUGGAGACAACAACGUUUGCUGCUGAUGGCAGCAGUCAAACGCCAGCCCAUCACUAUUCAGAGUUCACUUUCAAGACUUACGCACCGAUUGCUUUCCGCUAUUUUAGGGAUCUAUUUGGAAUUCAGCCAGAUGAUUUUUUGAUAUCAUUCUGUAGUUCACCUCUUAGAGAAUUGUCAAAUCCUGGUGCUUCUGGUUCUAUUUUCUACCUUACCGCUGAUGAUGAGUUUAUUAUAAAGACAGUUCAGCAUAAAGAAGGGGAGUUUUUGCAAAAAUUACUUCCUGGAUAUUACAUGAAUUUAAACCAAAAUCCUAGGACAUUAUUACCAAAGUUUUUUGGACUUUAUUGUUAUCAAUGUAACCAUAAAAACAUUCGAAUAGCUGCUAUGAACAACUUACUGCCAUCUUCAAUACCCAUGCACCAAAAGUAUGAUCUGAAGGGUUCUACAUACAAGAGAAAAGCAUCUAAGUCUGAAAGAAAUAAAAAAUCUCCGACUUAUAAAGAUUUAGACUUCAUGGAUCACCACCCCGAAGGAAUAUUUCUGGAAGCAGACACAUACACUGCUCUUGUAAAAACGAUCCAAAGGGAUUGUCGGGUGCUAGAAAGUUUUAAAAUAAUGGAUUACAGUUUACUUGUUGGUGUACAUAAUUUAGAUCAAGAAUCUCGUGAUAGAAGUAAGGAUUUAGCAGAACAAGAACCGGCAGAAAGCGAGCAGCGAGGACUCCAAAGGGCGAGGUCCAUUAAUAGACACAGACUGGUAGCACAUUCCACAGCAAUGGAGAGUAUACAGGCUGAGAGCCAACCUAUAGACCACCAAGGCGACGUCCCUCCUGGUGGUAUUCCAGCAAGAAAUGCAAAGGGCGAACGUCUUCUUCUUUAUCUAGGUAUUAUCGAUAUCCUUCAGAGCUACAGGUUGAAGAAAAAGCUGGAGCACACCUGGAAAUCAAUUUUACAUGAUGGGGAUUCAGUCUCAGUCCAUAGGCCAGGUUUCUAUGCACAGAGGUUUCAAGACUUCAUGGCAACUACAGUUUUCAAGAAAAUACCAUCCCUGGACUUGCCCGAAAUAAAAGGAAACCAUAGAAAAUUUAGGACGCUCGUCACAAGUUAUAUAGCCUUAAAACACUCGCCUUCCAAGAGAAAAAGCAUUUCAAGACCUGUUCGGGCACAAGACUCUACAGAAGUGGACGGAACAGCAGGCACUUCUGGCAAUGGACAUAGCAAGCCAAGUUCACCAGAGGCGGCAACUUCACCUCCUCCUCCUUCCUAUCCAUCAGUUCUUAAGGACAAGCCAAGCUCCGCAGCACCUGCCCAACCAGCACAGACUAAGGCCCCACCACCUGUUCCUCCUCGUGGCCUACCUAGGAAACAUAAUACAGAUUUUGAAAGUGAACAGAUGAAACUGGGCUCGAAGCCUCUCUCUAGACACGAUUCAAACAGUAGCAGUUUCAUUCAGUCGAGCCCACUUAGAGUUAGCCUUCAGAAAUCAAACAGAUUUAGUACUCAGCAAAGAACUAUUGGCAAAAGGGUUUUGGGAUUCCCGUGCAGUUCAACACCGCCACCAACGUUUGAGGAUGCAAUCCGUUCGGACCUCCACAUCGAUGGCUCCUCUCCUCUUAGGCACCGGCCGACAUCAAGGCACAGUACUAGUGCGGUGGCCACAAAACAAGUUGUUACUUUCCACGAAGGACAUGCGAGUGUGUCAGAAGUAAGGCUUGAAUGUCGAUCGGACAAGUCAACGCUGAGCGUCGAGAGUGGAGGCUCGACAGUCGGGGGCAGGCAUUUUGAGGGAUCUACGCCCACCUGGACAGAGGGAACGCCGUCUUUCACGGAGAGCAGUAGUAGCGGCGAUAUGGGGUUUCCUAUGACACCGGUAAAAGGGAUGGUUUAUGAAAAAGACACCAAUAUUAAGGCAAUAUCUGAGGAUGGAGCGCUGUCAGAAGUGCCUACACCAGCUCCUCUACAUGUACCGCAUCGCAAUUUCUUGAACGACUUCAAAUGCACCGCUUACUCUUCAACAAGUUCACCUACGCUUGCUUUGAUUAAUAAGAAAUCUUAUGAAGUUUUAUUGUAAAAUUAGAUAGGAUUCCAAACUGUUAGCAUGUUAAUAUCUAUAAUGUAUGCUUAGUGAUUUGAUUUUUAAUGAAUAAUAUAUAUGAACAAAUAACCGUAUGUAUGGUAUUAGGCUACUGUGAAUGAUGCUUGGAGAAAAUUCUUAGCAUUUGGAAAUAAAUAGCCGUGUACUUAUUAAAAGAUAGUUAUUCACUAAUCUCUACACUUAUUAAAAGACUUAAACGGAUCAUAAGGGCAUGGAUAUUAGUUGUUAAAACAUUAAUUUAGCUGUUAUAAUUUUUAUUUUCUUGUACUAACAUAUUCAUUGUUAGUAAAAUCUAAAUAUUAUCUACAACAGUAUAGCCAAAUUUAUUUUCUGUCAUUGCUUAGUUAAUUGACAAAUUAAUUUUUGAUUUUUCUUCUCUUAAAGUUACACUUACUGGAUCAAAUUCCAUUUGAUUUGUGUGUUACGUUGGUCUCAUUUCCCAGAAGUGACAAAAGAGCCAGCAUUGGUCACUUAAAAAGUAGUUCAUUUAAAUAUAUAACUGUUGUAUCCCAAUUUCCCAAUAAAAUAAUAUAAAACAUACAAAUAUACACCUUGUAUGAUUGACCAGCCUUAGUACUUAUAAAAAUAGAGGUCUAGAUAAAAAAAAGUUUUUUUACUGAUAAGCUUUCAAGCUUUAAGUUUUUGGAUGGAUUAAUACAAUUAAUUUUUACACCCAAAAUAAUGCUCACAAUAAUAAUCACUGAGCUUAGUGAUAAUUCAUUCUCAUUCAGCUCCAUCUGAAAAACAUUAAACUGUUUAUAGAAUUGUUGCUAAUUAAUUUAGUCAGCUCCGGUGAUGAGAAGAGACAAAAAAUUAAUAAUAAAUGUUCCAUUCGUUUAAAAUCAUAUAGACUGUGUAUUUGUGGUGAUGGUAAUCUUAAUAAAUAAGUUUUUCAAAAUCUAGAUCAACCUGUUUUAAAUCUUGAGUUUUCUUGUUGAGGUGAUGAAAUUUUAAUUUGGUCAUUUACAAUCAUCCUAGUCUCUAUGCUCACUGUCUGUCAGACAAAUUUUAGUGUUCCGCCAUUUGAUGGUGGGUUUUCUUUAUACAUAGGCCAGACUAAAACCAAUGAUGAUAGGUACUAUUUACUACUAUACUUAGAAGAACGAAAAUUAGUAAACUUUUUAUUUUUAAACUACAAAAAUAAGGCUGAUUGGUCAUUUAUUUUAAUUUUAAAACAUUGGGGUGUAUUCAGUAAUGGUUCAUACCUGUAGCUUGAUUGUUCUAAUCGUCCUGAUCCAAUUUGGUUUGUUGUAAUUCAUUUAGACGAUUGGCCGUUUUCAGUGCUUGUUUUGUUAUGUCAUUUGUGCCCUUUUUAUAUUAUAGAUAAACCACUGACGAUGGCAAAUGCUGAAAUACAGUAGAAAAAAAAGUCUAGAUGAUUGGAAGUGAUCAAGCUACAUUUUUAGUAUUUUUUUAAAUAACAUUAACUUUAAAUUUGAAUGGUUACCGGUUUAUGGUUGGAAAUUUGUAUGUGUUCAGUAUAUUUUUUCUGUUUUUUUAAUUUUAUGUUUUAUUAACAAUUACAGUUGCGUAAAAAUCCAUAUAAAUUAAAUUUUUUGGGCAUAUUUUAUGUUUUCUCUACCUUAAAUUAUAUUUUAAGUAAAGAUUUGGAUGGUUAAAUGUCCCAUUUUUCUCUGUUGAAUUCUUUUAUUUUUUUAAUAUUCUAUCUUUGUAUACUUUAAAAACAUUUAAAAAGUUCAUUUUAAUUUUACUUCAACAGAUUAAAUUAAGUUUAAGUUAUCUGUCAAACCUUGUACAUAAUAUGGCACAUGCAUUUUAUCCUAAUGCGCUCAAAUGAUUUUUCUUGUU